AUGCCAGUCAAUGGGAGCAAUCGACCUCCUUGGCUGAAAGACAGACUAGAAACAGUGAAUAAGAACGUUCCACCGGCGUGGGCAAGGAAAAAUUCAACAGGUUCAACCUCCUCUGAGCCCCCGAAGGACUCCAAACCUGUUCCGAAAACUGCUACAACAGAAAGCAAAACGGCACCAAUACCAAAGAAAGCGGCCCCAGCCACUGUCACUGCGGUGGCGAAGGAAAAUGGGGAACCCGCAAAAGCUGCUAAACUACAAUCGAAAGAAAUCAAGGUCCCAAUUGUGGUGCAACAGAAAAAGCCUGUUCCUCCACCUCUCGUUAAGCCAAAUAAGCCAGAACCGUUGACCAAAACUACUACACCACAAAUGACAGUACUUAGAGAAGCAGCUAAAGCUAAACCAACACCGAAAAAGGAACCAUCCCCAGAAUCAGAAGAGGAGGAGGAAGAGGAAGAAGAGGAGGAAGAAGAAGAAGAGGAAGAAGGCAGCACCGAAUAUGAGACAGAAACGGAAACCGAAUCCGAGGAGGAAACACCUCCUCCUCCGCCACCGGUUAAAAAGCCCCCUCCAAAACGUGAGCCGUCUCCUCCGAAGCCAAAAAUUCCGGUCCAAUUGAAAAAAGUUACCAAGAGUCCGGAGAAAACCGACGAUAGCAAGUCCUCUAAAUCGGAAAAAUCGUCAUCGCCGGAACCAAAAACAUUCAUUAAACCUCCACUGAAAAAAGUGACUCGACAACCGUCUGAGCAGGUUAAGGAAAAGUCACCGUCACCGGAACCGAAGAAUUUCCGUAUACAAUUGAGAAAGGUUCCAUCAAAUCUUAAGGCACCCCGGCUUAAGGAGAAACUGCCGGAAGUUCAGCUAAAAAGGGUGGAGAAACCGCUGCUGGAAGAUGUGCCAAAGAAAGAGGAAGCCUAUCCACACAAACCCUCGAUGUUGAAAUCGGAGAGCAGUAAAAGAAUACCACCGCCUCCGCCAAUGCCGAAAUCAAAUAUUCCCCCGCCACCGCCUCCACCACCUAAAUUAGUACCACCACCGGAUUUUAAAAAGGAUGAUAUCUCGGUAAAGCAGAAGCAAGUAAUAGAGAAACUCAAAAAACGGCCACGCAAACGACCGGACUGGUCCGACAUGAUGAAAGAAGUGGAACAGGGUAAAAAACUGCGUCACGUUGAAUGCAAUGAUAGAUCAAAACCAAUCAUUCACUCAAAGUCUAUAACUAAAGUGAAAGAUCAGUUCAUCUUCGAGACCGAAACGGCAACGGCUCACAAUGUUUUGCUGAAGGAGAUUCAAUCUGGCAUACGACUGAAACCAACCAAAUGCAACGACCGUAGUAAACCUAAUUUGGAAGGCUUAAGAAAGUUCCGUCGACAGAUGACUUUAGAGGAACAGUUAGCUAAAUCUGAAUCUAGAGCUAAUCUGGAGGCGCCACCCGUGGAGGAAGACGAGGUUGAUGAAAUGGAUGACAUAGACAAAGUCCGUGAUGAUCUGCAAAGCACUAAACAAUUGUUGGCGAUGGAAUUGCGCAACAACGAAGCGCUGGAACGUGAGAAUAAGCGUCUCUUGCAAAGGGUGCAGAAUCUGGAAGCUGAGCUAUCGCGCGAACGUUGGAAUCCUCUGAGUGGGGAAGAAAAGAGCACGAUCAGUGGGCCUGAUGCUGAUCUUAUAAAAUCACUGAAGGGUGAAGCCCUGGAGGCCCAACAGCAAUCUAAGCAGCUGGAACAGAAGUAUCAGACAGUGGCGAAGGAAUUGGAUACGGCGUACAAAAGCAAUGAGGAACAAAAACGUAAAAUCGCUGAUUUAGAGAAAAAACUGCAAUGCUUAACGGAUGAUGACUACCUUUUGAAUGAACAUCAGGGUAUAACAGAUGGUGGAAUCAAUGCGGCUAGACGCAUUAGUGAAGCGGCGCAGAAGGAAAGCUCGCCUGAACUGCCCGCUGACGAAGAGGAAGAUGAAGAAGAAGAGGAAGAUGAGGAAAAGAAAGCCGAAAAGGCGGCCAAGCGACUGAAUCGGGAAGUAAAUAUGCUCUCGGCUCGACUGAUACGAUUGAAGGAAAAGGAAGAGGAGAAACACGCUGAACGGCAGGCCUUGAAAUAUGCCAUGAAAACUAACCAGUAUGCCCUUAAAAACGAACGCAAAAAAUAUAAGAAAUUGCAGAAGGAAGUAGAUAAGAUGGCAGCAAUGAUGAAAAUGGAAGAAGACGAUGAGGAUACAGAAGAAGUGAAAGAGCCACCACCAGAAGAACCGGAAGAGGAAGAAGAAGAGGAGGAAACUGAAGAGGAGAGUGAAUCGGAAUCCGAGUCCGAAAGUGAUAGUGAGAGCGCGAAUGAAGCCGAUGAUGCACCCGACGAGAAAAAGAAAGUGAAUCUUGAACCAAGGGUAAAGCGACAUGAGGGUCGAUUGGCUUCACUGAAGAAGGGCAACUACUUGCUACAGGCCAACGUAGAUCGGAUCAAGGAUGAAAUCAACAAAACACGGGAAAUGUGCUGUACACUCCAGGCGGAUCUGGAUUCAGUCAUUGCCGAUCUAGGAUAACAAUGACUAUUUAGCAAAAAUAAUUUAAUUAUUUGAUUUCUUAUAUUUAGCCACCAUUGAUCGCUCUGGACUAGAAAUGCUAAUCACUUCACAGGACAAAACCCAAUAGCGCAAGAUGUUACAUCCAUUCACACAACACUUUAUCACAUAAAACACUAUACUUUAUACAAAAAAAACUGGUAAACGGAACAAACGAAGCCGGUCUUUGGUGCACGAGAAUAAGUAUUUAAUUUACUGUAUUUUUGCAAGUCGAAAUAAAAGAAGGAAUCUUACCUGAAUUAAAAACU